UCGCCGCACGCGUUGCCAGGCGUGUAAUAGGGGAAACUCCUCCCCGCCGGGGCCGCCUCGCAGGCGCUGCCAGAGGAGCGGCCGCCUUGCUGCCCCCACCUCCGAACGUGCGGCGGCCGCACACCGAGCGCAGAGCCCACCGCCUGUGCACCCGCGCGCAGCUCGCUGCAGAGGGGGCAGCGCCGCGCGGGGCUGCGGGGCGGCGGGACUAGGGACUGCUCGAGCCCACCCGCUCCCGCCACCAGGCUGUGCUGACCCGGCGCCCAGGCUGCUGGAGGCGGCAGGCGCGCGGCGGGCAGCGGGCGGGGGCGGCGCGCCGCGGUGGCAGGGUGCCCCGCGUGCACCCCGCAGAGCUGGGCGCAGACCCGCGGGCCGUCGGGGGCGCGGCGGCCCGCCCGAGCCCACACCUGUCCGGCCGCGGUGGCCGGGAACCCGAGUGGCGCCGCAGUCAGUGGCAUCAGAGGCAGCGAGGGAGGGAAGAGCCCGCGGAGGCGAGGCCCGCGCUCCGGAGGAAGCCGCGCCUGGCUGGAGGCCCCAGACCCUGCUCCCCGAGCUCCACCGCACCAUGGCCCCGAAGCUGCUCCUCCUCCUCUGUCUGUUCUCGGGUUUGCACGCCCGGUCCAGGAAGGUGGAAGAGGAUGAAUAUGAAGAUUCAUCAUCAAACCAAAAGUGGGUCUUGGCUCCAAAAUCCCAAGACACUGAUGUGACUCUUAUCCUCAACAAGUUGCUAAGAGAAUAUGAUAAAAAGCUGAGGCCAGAUAUUGGAAUAAAACCGACCGUAAUUGACGUUGACAUCUAUGUUAACAGCAUUGGUCCUGUGUCAUCAAUAAACAUGGAAUACCAAAUUGAUAUAUUUUUUGCUCAGACCUGGACAGACAGUCGCCUUCGAUUCAACAGUACAAUGAAAAUACUCACUCUGAACAGCAACAUGGUGGGAUUAAUAUGGAUUCCAGAUACAAUCUUCCGCAAUUCUAAAACUGCAGAGGCUCACUGGAUCACCACCCCCAAUCAGCUCCUCAGAAUUUGGAAUGAUGGGAAAAUCCUUUACACUUUAAGGCUCACCAUAAAUGCAGAGUGCCAGCUACAGCUGCACAACUUCCCCAUGGAUGAACAUUCCUGUCCACUGAUUUUUUCCAGCUAUGGCUACCCCAAAGAAGAAAUGAUUUACAGAUGGAGAAAAAAUUCAGUUGAGGCAGCUGAUCAGAAAUCCUGGCGGCUUUAUCAGUUUGACUUUAUGGGCCUCAGAAACACUACAGAAAUUGUAACAACAUCUGCAGGUGAUUAUGUUGUCAUGACUAUAUAUUUUGAAUUGAGUAGAAGAAUGGGAUACUUCACUAUUCAAACAUACAUUCCCUGUAUACUGACUGUGGUUUUAUCCUGGGUGUCAUUUUGGAUCAAAAAAGAUGCUACACCAGCAAGAACAGCAUUAGGCAUCACCACAGUGCUGACCAUGACCACGCUUAGCACCAUUGCCAGGAAUUCCUUGCCCCGUGUGUCCUAUGUGACAGCCAUGGACCUCUUUGUGACUGUUUGCUUCUUAUUUGUCUUUGCUGCUCUGAUGGAGUAUGCCACCCUCAACUACUAUUCAAGUUGUAGAAAACCAACUACCACUAAGAAGAAAACAUCGUUAUUGCAUCCAGAUUCCUCAAGGUGGAUUCAUGAGCGAAUAAGCCUACAAUCCCCCUCCAGGAAAAGUGUAAUGACCUUGAAGAAAGUACAUAGAAAAACAACUCAGAGAGAAAGGGCUCCAGGCCAGAACUAUUCUCUCCUUGACGUGAGGCCACCACCACCUGCAAUGAUCACUUUAAACAAUUCUGUGUACUGGCAGGAAUUUGAAGAUACCUGCGUCUAUGAGUGUCUGGAUGGCAAAGACUGUCAGAGCUUCUUCUGCUGCUAUGAAGAAUGCAAAUCCGGAUCUUGGAAAAAAGGGCGUAUUCACAUAGACAUCUUGGAGCUGGACUCAUAUUCUCGGGUCUUUUUCCCUACAUCAUUCCUGCUCUUCAACUUGGUCUAUUGGGUUGGAUACCUGUAUCUCUAAAUAUUUCUGUGGUGAUGAGUAAAGAGCACUAGAUUUCACUCUUUACUUUCACUGUCCCCAGACCAGUAGUGACCAAUUGGAGUAGGAAGGAAAAACACUGCUCAGUUUAUCUGAAGUUAUACAUUACCUUUGAGCAGCACCGGAGUACCUGGCAACCAUUUCUAUUAUGCAUUUCACACUCACACACAUGCGUGCGCACACACACAUUAAUUGAGUUUUAAAGUGAUAUUCUUGCUAAUCCCUUAUUGAAUCUGUAAGUUGGUGAUGUUUAUGAAUGGUUUUUGGAUAUUGGAAACAGUUGCCAAUUGUCGUUGCAAGGAAAUCUGUAAAACAUGUAAGCAAAUAUCCGAGAAGCUCUCUUAUGCCAAGACCCCUUCUAUAUCUUUCCUUAGCAACUCUUAGGAGCACCAGUGCCCACAUGUGUGGAGUCACUGCUUGCUGGGACAUACUCAUGUUGACCUCAUCCCCGUGUUCCUGGACAGUCUGAGUUCAAGUAUGAACUGCAGUGAGUUUUGACCUGGUUUCCUCUCUUUGUGACCUCUUUUACUCUGGAACUAUCAUUGUUACCUAGAAUUUCUUUAUUUAAUAAUCUCACCCUAGGUUUAGGAAGGGUGUAUAUGCAUUAUCCACAAGUUUCCAGUUGAGAAAAAAAUAUGAUUUGAAAAAUUCUCAUGUUGCUGAAUUCAAUGAUGUUGAUUAUCUCUGAACAUCAGAAGGUUAUUACUCUAUUCCAAACUACUAAAAGUAAGCAGUAUUUUAACUUUGGGUUCUUGGAUUAGUUCAGUUGGAGUUCAACAUUUUACCUUAAGAGUUGUGUUUUGUUAGACCAAAACACAACCCCAGGGUAUGCAUCUUUUGUAUGUUAUGCUAUUACAGGUUCAAUGAUUAUCUUCAUCUUGCAAAGACAAGUAUACAUCACUCAUAAGCCCUUGUCGUGAAAAUGUUUUCCAAAGUGUGAAAGAAAUAUAGAUGGAAUUUAAAAUUUUCAUAGUUAUAAUUAACUUUCAAGUCAAAUCAACUUUAGAUGCAAAAAAAGGGCAAUGGCUAUCAUCAAUGAUAUAUUUUGAUGAACAAAAUUAUUUUAUACUUUGAGAUAUGAAUAUGUAGCAAAAUCCCAAAGAAAAAAUCCCCCGAAAUUAUUACUCUUUUGAUAUUUUUAUAACACAAAACUGACUUGGUUCUUGAUGUUAGUUCUUUGUUAUAACUGGAUACCAGUAUGUAACUUCACAAGACUCUUCAGAAGCCUCCCACCAUUGAUAGGAAAAACAGUCCCACCAGUUCAUUAAUAAUGCUUUGGCAUUAUUAAAAUUUUGGUACUAAAAUUUUUCUACCAGUAUCUCUGUACUUCUCAUCUUUCUCACCCAUAAAAUUGAAUUAAUUUUAUUGGAAACCAUAAAAUUUUAUUUUAAUUAUCUAUUGUAAGUACAAUUAUUACUCAGAAAAAAAGAUAAAAUAAUACACAGAGAGAAUAUAUAAAAGUGCUAAUUUCACAUAAUUUACUGGAUUAAGACCAGACAUAAGGGGAUGGGAGUGGAAGAGGCUAGAAAAGUAAAAUAUAAAUCUGUUUAUAUUUAUGAAACAUCAUUCGUAUCAAGUGAAUGCAAAUACAUUGGUAUGAUCACCCAGCUUUCAAGGACUGAAUCUAUAUAGUGUGAGACACCCAAGUCCUCAGCUUUUCUUCCUGUCAUCUCCCUGACUUUGAUUUAAUAGUGGCUACAUAGGCCACAAGCCAAUUGGGUUCUAUUUAGCAAAUUCAAUUUAAAACAUAAAAUAAUAUUUGUGGAGAAACAAGUUGAACCUAUUGGCUUAUAUGAAAUUUCUACUCUAUUGAAGAAUUUCACAUACUAGCAUCCUUGUUCUGUCUCUCAUGCAUAAACUACUCCCCCACACUUGGCAGUCGUGUCCUGGAGGCACCCUGACCAAAGGAAUCCACCAUAUCCCACCAAAGCACUGAGUACCCAUGGAAGGUGGUCCAAAGUCAGUCCUUUUCAAGCAUAAUUUUCAUCUUUAUGAAUUUAUAAUAUCUAACAAUAUGAAGAAUUUCAACCUGUUAUGUCUUAAAAGUAGUUAUGGAGGGAGAUGAAUUUUCUAGUGAAAUUCUUCUUGGAAGAGACAUAACCUAAGAACACUUUUAUAAGAUAAAUUUGCUCUACUUUUACCUUAAAAAUUAUAUUGAUGCCUCUUAUUUCAAAGCUACUCAAUAUUUGGGUGUUGUUGGCAACUCAUAAAAUUAUGUGUAGGAUAUACUUACCAAUAACCUAUUUGCUGAAUCCAACCAUUCUCUCCCCCUGAUCUCAGCCAUCCUGCUGAUUUAAACACUAGUUCAUGGUUCAUUUCUCCAUAAAGGAAAACUUUUAUCUCAAGAGAGUCUCAUAGAUGUUCACUCACAAAGUAUAAAAUAGACUCCCGCCCAUACAGCAAUCUACCCACAAUAGGUUCUGACUAAAAAGAACUCAAACAUCCCCUCAGAACACACCAAUGUCAGUUUUUCUGCAGGCUUGUCUGUUCAAGUUCUCUUAUAAGUCUCAACUUCUGAGAUAAGCCUUCAGUCUACAAUACAAGAGAUGGUAUGUACCUCAUGCAGGUACAGAGCUCAGGGGCUUGCUUAUUAACUAUGUAAGAGUUUACCUUUUGGAGGAAGGAAGAGGAGAAGCACAGGAAGAAUGUGAAGGAAAUGUAUCUCUCUUAAAUUGAGGGACUGUCCUUCACCAGUAUGCUUGGUUAGUAGUGUAUGUGUGAGGUGCAUGGGUGUAAGGCUGUUCCACCCAGACCCAGCACCUGUAGAGCUCUGGCCAGCUUGCUUUGCAUUUAGACUUGAGAAAUAUGUUUUGUGUUUUCAUGGCAGCUGGUGGGGAAACUGUGUAAGUGGCUGGUAUUCUAAAGGUGCUACUGUAUUCCUCACUUUCAGAAAUACUGUAAAUUGCAGAGAUGAGAGUUAUGUAUUUUGAAAAGGAUUUCUAAUUUCUUACCACUGUGGAUCAUACUUACAACUGUGACUGUCUCUCCUUUAAGCUUCAUCCAGGCUGAGAGGGAGACAAAAGAAAAGGCAUUCCACAUCAAUGAAAUUAGAGAAAAAAUUCCUCUUCAGAGCCUAGAAAGUUUCUGUUUCUACAAAGUCUCAACACCAGUGACCAGAGGAGAGAUUCUCAGGUACUGGGCAGAGAAGGAAAAUGUUACUAUAAGUUACUUUUGACCCAGCCAAUACUGCCCCCUUUUUACCCAACAUAUGCCUUAAAAUAACACAUAAAGCUUAUAUCAUACACAUCUCAUAGAUUUUCCAUUUUCUGUAAUCACAUAUAUUCAUGACAGGUUUUAUUUAUUGUUUAUGGAUGGAUGGAGACAGGAUUUUCUUUUGUGUGUGUGUGUGUGUGUGCCAAGCAGUCUUAUCUUUAAUUGUAUAACAAAUCAGGUAAGAAAAUAGUUUUUGUCGAUUCAGUUGAAAAAAUGCUUGUCCUCCAUGGCAAAGCAUUUUCAGGCUACAUAAGGGAAAUUGGGGCCAAUCUAAAUUAGUGCUUCUGAUGGGAUGUGAGUCUCCACCCUUCACACUGAGUCUUUUUAUCUGGCCAUAGCUUGCUACAGUAAAAGUGUCUAGACAUAUUUUUUGCUUCUCUGCAAAAUAGCAUACUCUGCAAGCAAAGGUGGGUAUUUCAUAACCCCAUUUUGCAUUAACGUAUACUUGCCACAACUAGGAAGCAAUGGGGCACUCUAUCUAAAGGGCUAGAAAAAAGACAAACAGAACCUCUUCUUCCUUGAUUAUUUUUUUUAUCUCAGCUGCCAAAAACUGAGAACUUUAUUUUGCAAACUUGAAGAAUUAUAACUAGUUUCCAAGCAUAUACUUAUCACUAUAUCAGAUCAAUGUUCUCAAGACACAAAGCACUUUGAAUUCUCUCCAUGAUCUUACAAAUAUCUGCUUUUUCUGAGAAUUUAUAAACUAUAUAAAUAUGAAGUUUCAGACCCAAUUUCUGUAAAAAAGAAAAGUUAAUGAACGACGUUGGAUAAACAUAAUCAUAUAUAAAUACACACUGGAAUGUUCAGAACACUAUUGUUUAUAAGACAUUCAGAAAGAUGUCUGGAAAUAAGCGGGGGGCAAACAGAUUGUAAAUACACUGCAAAUGUUAAAUUCAUGACUUUCUGUUGAGUCUUCUUCAAAUUGCCCCAAAUCGAGGAAGUAUGCAAUCUGUGCCUAUUUCUUCCUCUCAAACUUGCUUGUAGGAAACAUUCAGGUUGACAAGGUUUAGAAGUAUUUCUGCAUUGUAUAAUCACAUCCGAAGACCAAAAUAAAUAAAUAAAUAAAUAACAGUUCAGGCUAAAUGACAAAUCCCUUCUUGUAUUCCUUGUUUACUUAACCUUUUACUUUAGAAAUAAUUUUCUAUAAUUAAAAGGAGAAAGCAUGUACAUGUUGAGAUAACAGGAUAAUAAUUCAGUCAUUCAUGUCUCUGGGAGAAUAAAAACUUGCCUACUUUAAUGUUUGAUAGUUUUGAAGACUAGACACUAGACCAUUUCCAUUCCUCUUUUCAACUUUAUUCUAAUUACAAGUCAGCAAUUCCAGGCUAUAACCUGGUUUAGUUCUAUUAAAAUUAAAGAGAGGCUAUUCCCUACUAUUUUUCUUCAAAAUGUCCUUUAGUUAAAUGAUGCUUUGCUUUUUAACGUUGUCAGUAAAAUACCUUAAUCCUUUUAUUACUCUGCUCACAUAAAAACCAAAUUUUAGACUAGGUUAAAUCAGUGCUAAAAAAUUAGUUGAACAGCCACUAACAAGUGUUCAACGUUUUGAGCUAACCAAGUAGGUUUUUCAGAUUGUAUAAUAUAGGAACAUGAGCUAUAAAAUUUGGAAGACAAAACACACAAACAUGAACACACAUACACACUUGUGUACACACAUGCAUACACAUGCAUGUACACACACAUGCACACACGCAAAACAAACACUGUUUGAAUGCAACAUUCAGGUAAUUAAAGGAAAUUUAAAUUGUUCUGCUUGCAUUAUUCAGAUAAUGGCUUACUUUCACCACUUCGUUUUUCAAAUUUGUAACCACAACACAGUUUUCCCAGCCAAGUGGACUAGCUCCACAAAGUGAGGGUGAUAGUGGUUCCUGCAGGGAAGGAAGGCUCUCCAUGUCUGUUGAACAGUUUAAACUGAACAGAUUGGAAACAAUAGUGAAGACUGAUUUCCAAUAAUGAAAUCUCACAGAUUGUCAAGGUAGCUGCUAUAGUUUCUUCUUUUCUGAUUAUUUGGAAUUUCUUCUUCAUUUCUCCCACUAAUCAGUUAUUCACAAAAGGAUUAAAAUUCCUAAUUUCCAAAAACAAAAAAAGUAGAAAUCCUAACUCUCAGUCAGACUGAUUUUUAGGAAUAAAUAAUGAUUGUUUUUAUUUGUUUAGAAUUUACUAAAAUAUAUUUUUAUCCUGUACUGUUCACAUUUAUGAGGAGGGAUUUCAGUUUUGUCAACUGAGUGAAGGCACCCCAAUACAGAGAACAAUAGUUUAAUCACUUUGAUGGAGAGAUCAGACCACCCCAUCCUCUAUCUAGCCCAGUCAACCCAUCCACCAUUCAGUUAAGCUGCCCCAUUCAUUUAGUCCAUGCACUGGUUAGUGCAGGGUAGGUCUAGAAUCUAUACAAAGAAGAGCAAUAAUAGAAAUUUCAUAAUAUUUGCUGAUUAAAAUUUCAAAUUGUGAGCCACGUAGGGUAAGAUAUUAGAAGAUAAACUAUGCUGCAUCAUCAUAACCAUCAUCAUCAUCACCAUCAUCAUCAUCAUAACUAUCACCAUCAUCACCAUCAUCAUCAUCAUGACCAUUAUUAUCAUCUAUAUCCUUUUACAUGUUCCAUACUAGUCCUUAGCUAUUGAUCCAAAACAAAGUUUUAAUGUUUUUUUUUCCAAAUCAUAACAAAAUUAGAACUUAAAUUAAGAAGAAAAUGGAAAAUUUUAAUUUUAGCUUAAAUAUUAGAUAUGCAGAUUAUAGUUUAAAAACUUGUUUUUCUAAAACAUUUCCAUAACUUCUCUGUGUCCCUUCAGUCUUAGUCUGUCUACCCUGCUUCAAUCAAAUUUGAAAUUAUUCCUUAAGAGAACACUCCACCUACUUUUUCUUUAUUGGUUGCUUCUGGGUUUUUUGUUUUUGUUUUGUUUUAUCUCACGUGGCUUUGUUAUUCUUUUUCCUGAAGAUAACAUAUGUAUUGGCUAUGAACUCUUUUCCCUAAAAUGGAUGCAUCUUCAGACACCACAGACUUUCUUAGCCCAAAAGGACAAUCAAUAUGCUUCUUAGUAUACAAUUUGGGUCUAGGCUUUUAUUCCCCCUAAUUUAUCUUGAGAUUUUUACUUUUAGAUAGAAGUAGACACAGGCAAAAUAUAUUGAUUACAUUUACAGUGUUUACUAUUAUAUUAUCUGUUUAGAAUAACUGUAUUAAGAUAUUGUAAAAGAUACUUUCAAUUAUUCUUGACCUUCAAAAUGACUAAUUUUGUGCUAGUGAACAAUGUUUACAUGCAUAUAUUUAUAAAACUACAUGAUAUGUUUUUCUUUACAAGCAGCUCCUGGACUGAGUGAAAGGGUCAUUCCUCAUGAGUGCAUUUUCUAUGGAAGAUUCUAGAAGAGUAAUAAUUUUCAGGGAUUGGGCCUGGGUUGUCUUGUAAGCAGCAAAGGGCCAUCUUGUGUUUACAUGCAGUGAUGUGCGUAUUUGUGUAUGUAUGUACAGUGGUAAAACUGGAACAACUUAUUAACAUGUGUAUUACUCUACCCACCACCCCAAAUGUAGUUGAAAAAUGUAGAAAGGAGCACAGUUUUACUAGUGAUAGUAUAUUAGCUUACUAAGUGUUUAGUUAAGGAAUAAAGGAGUGAGGGAGAGAGUGAGGGAGGGAGAAAGAGAGAGAAAUGGACAGUCUCUGUAUUUUCUGGAAAUUUGGGACCACAUUCUUUCUUAAAAAAAAAUCAAGUUUAAAUACCUGAUCAGAGUUGGUUCUGAGUUCAAACAAUCCUGCCUCCUACUGAGAACACGAUCAUAUUUUCACUUGGGUGCACAUCUGAGCGAUUCUAUGAUCAUUUGUGCAGGUGGUCAGUAUUAUCUGAUAAGCUAGAAGUAGUUCUCAAGAUGAAGGUGACAAAUAGCCAUCCUCACAAUUGUUUAGGACACAUUUUUCAUGUCCAACGUGAGAAAGUAUCGAUCAGGUCUAGUGUGAACCACACGACAUUGGAAUUAGCCACAGUGCAUGGACUGUUCUCUCUUUUUGAAACUUGUGUGGAAAGUAAGCCAUCAGGAGCCCUGGGAAAUGCCCCAGGCAGAAAGGGAGGGAAAAAGCACUGAUCUGUUCUCUGCCUGAGUGCAAUUCUUCCUAUUUGUGAAGCCAUCUCGUUCAGGUGCAAGGAAGGUAGAGGAAUUCCAGAGUCUGAGAGCAUCUUGGAAUUGACUGUGAGCACAUAGGGUAGAUGAGUUCGGUCCUGAGAAGGGGUCCACCCUGCUCAAGUGUGUGUGUCCACCCCUCUCUAGGAAGGUGGACCAAGGACCAGGCCAGGGUACUCACUAAGUGGCCUCCAACAGUCCCUGCUCCCGUCAUCCCACAUGGACUUGGAAGCCCUGACUCCCAGUCUUCGGGCCAUCUCGGACCCCUCCCCACUGUCCUGAGAUGGUUCUGAGAUCCCACUGUCCUCCUCCCCUCUCUCAAGGAUGUAUCUCCCUGCUAGCCGUGCAGCUCAGCUCGUGGUGUCCUAGUGAAACGAGGGCGCACUUGCGCCCCACGUGCCUUGGCGACACGGGCGGCACCACGCCCCGCUUCGCCCCGUCCGGUCCCGCCGCACCCUCUAGGCCGUGCCUUGCCCUGGGCCAGCUGGGCCUGGUGGCUGGGUCGCACUCUGUAUUUGUAUUUGGAUUCCUACGUUUGUACUACUAAUACAAAUAAAUGCACAUGUUGUCAAAAAUA